AUGAGCGCGGAGGCAGCCGCGCCCCGGCCACUCCCCCGGCCGGGUCUGGCGGUGAAGAUCUGGGAGCGUCCCGCGCGCCUGUUCGCUACUGCCGCUGGGCAGCCGCCGAUUCAAGGCUGCAUUUCCCGGGAGGCGGCGGCGGCGGCGGCCGAGGGAGAACGAGCCCCGCCGACCAGGGAGGAGGCUCGUCGGGAGCGGCGACCCAGCUGCCGGGAGGAACCGAGGAUGGUGUGGCCGCUGCUGCUGCUGAUUCUGCUGUCGCUGCCCUGGGUGCCCACGGAAGCCGGGCCCGGGACGGUCCGCGUGCUGGCGCCCACGCAGGUGCGCGGCCUUCUGGGCGCCAAGGUCGAGCUGCCGUGCCGACUGCCGCCGCUGGAGCACGGGGUGCGCGUGACGCAGGUGACGUGGACACGGCGGGAUGCGGCGGGGAACGACGUCAACGUGGCGGUGUUCCACCCCACGCAGGGCCCCAGCUUUCCCGAGCCCGGCCGGUUGGAGUUUGUGGCUGCCAGGCGGGGCGAGGAGCUGCGGGACGGGUCGCUGGUCCUGCGGGACUUGCGCACCGAGGAUGAAGCCAACUACACCUGCCGCUUCGCCAUGUUCCCCGAGGGCAGCAGGAGCGCCAGCACCUGGCUCCGCGUGCUCGCCCGGCCGGAGAACAAGGCUGAGACCCAGGAGGUCCCGCUCAGCCCACUCAGCCCGGGGCCUGUGCUUGUGGCCUGCUGCGUCUCCAGUGAAGGUCGCCCGCCUGCCCGGAUCUCCUGGUCACAGCUGGAUGGGAAGGCCAAUGAGAGCCAGGUGCCAGGACACCUGCCUGGCACGUUCACCGUCAUCAGCCUCUUAAGCCUAACACCCUCAAGCCAGACAGAUGGCAGGACUGUUACCUGCAAAGUGGAACAUGAGAGCUUCGAGGAGCCCGUCCUGCUGACCAUGACUCUCGCCGUGCCUUACCCCCCCGAGGUCUCCAUCUCCGGCUACGAUGACAACUGGUACCUCGGCCGCAGCGAGGCCACCCUGAGCUGUGACGUCCGCAGCAAACCGGAGCCCACAGGCUAUGACUGGAGCACGACCAAGGGGCCCCUGCCACCUUCUGCUGUGGCCCAGGGCUCUCAGCUCCUGAUCCAGACCGUGGAUGAGUCCAUCAACACAACAUUCAUCUGCCGUGUCACCAACGCCCUAGGGACUGGCCAGGCAGAACUGCCCAUCCUGGUCAGAGAAGAACCUCCCAACCAUGCGCUACAACAAGGCUUGUCCACCGAGAACAUCAUUAUCCUGACUGUAGGAGUCGUGGUCGGUCUGGCCCUGCUGGGGUUCCUGAUUUAUUUCCGGUUGUUCCGACGCCCCCGUGAGUCCCUCCUCUUUGGCAUAUCUCCUGCCUGUCGGCUGUGAAUGAGCAUCACCACAGCCACCAUGCUUGGCCACCUACUAUGAUCUAGACUCAGCCCCGCGUACGGCAGCCUCCCGCUGAAUCCUCAGCACCAUGAGCUUCCCCCAUCUGACACAGGAGGACACCAAGUUCAGAGACUCCUGUUCCCUGGAUCGUUGAUUCCUUUUUACAAAUGUUUAGGGAGGAGGGGCUCCAGCUGGCGCCCUGAUCCCAGCUCUUAAGGGCCUGAUGCUCUUGACUGAAGGGCUCCGCACAGGCGGUUCCCCUGCCUAGACCACCCUCCCCA